CUGCGUCGUCUCUGCGUCCCCUGGGAGCCUCUGGUCACGACUCACAUGCAACUCUAGGUGCGCCGGCCAGUCAUGAGAGCAGACCAGCUCACUUCGGUGGCCCGAUGAGCCGCCGCUGUCGAUUGCCUGCAUCGCCAAAUCACGUGCGCACGCCUGCCACCCGUCGAGCCGCGCUUCUCCUUUCACCAUCAUCUCCACCCGCACCCAUACCUGCGCUUUCUCUGCACACUUCCAGCUGCACUGCGCCUCUUGCACCCUGCCCCUCUCGUCUCAGCCCGCCCCUGCUCGCUUCCCGCGUCCCACCUCCGGCACGACAUUGCGGUGCGUUGUAUGCCGACCUCUAGUUCCGUCGAUGAAGCUGCCAGCGAUGACUCGCUGCACGCUUCAGCUGCAGGCUCCGACGACUUGUCGCAGCCUGCCGAAGCGCCGCCCCUUCUCACGGCCGAACAGAUUGCGGAGACGCAUCGGCGCAACAACCCGGCUCAUCCGGCAGACGCGGCAAAAGUCGCAGGACAAAAGGUGUGCAGCAUCAGCAACGAGAUUGACAACUGUGUGCAACGAGUGCACUUUGUGCCGCACUCGGAGCUGUCCAGGCCGUCACUUAUCCGUGUGCUGCGCGCCAUCGGGGCGAUCUCGCCGCACGACGAUCCCUUGGCGAAGACGGGCUGGAAGAACGUCCUCGUCUUGGGCAUCAGACCUCGCCUCUGGAUGAGCCCCGCGACGCCGGACUUCUUGCUAUCUCCUACCGAGGAGGUGGUUACGCAGGCGAUCUACACCGUCGAGGCGCACCUGAGCAGCCUCGAGUCGUCGCACCCCAGCUCGCAGCUCUGGACCUUCACCGUCGAGGACGUCACUGACUCGCGCCCCUUCGCCGAGUCCUUCCGGGACUACCAGCCCACCUACUUCCGGGCAGGCGAAUUUUUCGCUCACUUCGAGUAUCACGGUGAUGACAUCAGAUUAUGGCGCUCGUCGCGCCAGAACACGCUGCCCUCGCAGUUCAUCGAAGGGGCGUUGCCGCUCAAGACGUUUCCGCUCGCCCUCGCGCCGCUUGCGUGCAUCUUCUACAUGCAGGUCUGGCGCAUGAUGGAGCAGCAGCCCGGCGUGCAGGUCACAGCCCAGCUUGCACGCCUCAUGAAGCUGAUCGACUAUCUGUUUGGCCUGUUCGAGACCGACAGCCUCUGUGCGUGGCGCAAUGCGCGCAUGACGGAGCUGCGCGCCUCGCUCAACCUCGCUCAGCAGGCGGUCCCGCCGCAGCUGGCCGUCAACACUGCGCCCCGGGAGUUUGUCGCGUGGGCCCUUCCGGUAACGCCAACGUGGCAGUCCGUGUCUACGGGAACUCGGGGCGCUGCAGCGCAUUCUUCGGUGCGCAGCGAGGGGCGCGACGCCGGCGAUGGCCCCGAUGAGUCAUCGUCUUCGUCGAGCGAGCGUCUCGCGCGGUCAAGCACGCCGAAAGGCAGCUCCCCCGCAAGUUGCGCCUCCGACGCUGGCUUCGACGAGGACGGCGCCUCAGCCUCGCAGGGCAUUCAUCCCGACGCCGACUUUUCGCCGCACGAGCGUGUCCGCCUGCAGCAGCUGAACCGAGCAUUCGCGGCCGAGUGCGAGCGCGAGCGUGUCACGCUGCGCGAACUGCGCCAGGGCCGGCAGCUGCGCGCACACAUCGACAUGGCGCAGCUGCUCGCCGACGUCGAGCAGCGCCGCAGCGACGAGGCCGAGGCUAGGUACCAUGACCGCCUGCAGCAGCUGGAGCGAGCGUUCGCCGCCGAGUGCGAGCGCGAGCAUGUGACGCUGCGCGAGCUGCGCCAGGGGCGACAGCUGCGCGUGUACGGCGACAUGGCGCAGCUGCUCGCCGACUGUCGAGCAGCGCCGCAGUGACGAGGCCGAGGCUAGGUACCGAGCCUGGGCGCCCGGUACGCUUGCGGCACUGAACACCGGCCUGGCUGGAGUUCCCGUGUUGUGGUAGCA